AUGAGCGGUAACAUGUUUGCAAUUGAUGACUGGCGAAGGGAGUUAACCGCGGAGGAUCAUGUGCAGCGGCAACACCUGGCCAAAACUUCUUUACAGCGAAAUUUUCGUGGGGAUGCUCAACGACGUGUGACAUCGUCAACUGCAUCGUCCAACAUGGCGGUGAUAGACUGCUGUUGGGCUCGUGGCCACCGCACCGGGGGAGCGUCGUCUUCCUUUUCGACGGUCCUUUCAAAUUACCUUUUUUGCGCUCUCUCUGGUGGUGUAGUGUGCAUCCUCAACACCACCAAUUUUAUGAAGAUGUACCUUUUUGAACAUGAUUCCUCGCGACGGAGUCGAAGGGACGAACGUGCACAGAAGAAAGACGUCUCGCGUCAGCACGAUUCUCGUCGAGAAGGGGUGGCGGCGAUCGACACUGUACUUUUCCCCCGGCGAGGGAAACGGGAGUCAUCCGUGUCCAUCACGACGUCUGGCACGGCACUGGAGGGGGAAGGAUUUUUGUCGCUUGUGUGUGCCUCGGCGGAGGGCUCGUUGUGUCUCUUCACCGUCGAAUCCGAGGCGUCCAGUCACACGCGUUCUGUGAGCAUCAAGACGGGGGCGGUUCACAAGGCUGUAGAGUUGCCUUCCGAUGACGCUGUUCCGGCAAAAGGGAGAUGGGAAAAGGCAUACAUUCGAUUCAGCCCAAAGGGAGGGCGUGUUGUCGCCGUAUUCUCCUCAACGGUACCGUGUGGUGCAACCACCGUGGAAACGAACAGUUUCUUUCUCACCGGAGAGAUUGUGGAGUACGUGACUCUCUUCUGUGUGUUGAAGUGGAAGGAGGGCGAGUCAAUUGAGACGUUCACUGUGGAGACACCUUGGACUCGCAUACGGUCUCCGAGUAAUGCGGCCUCGGCGGAACUGCAAUACGUUGGCUGGUGGGAUGAUGAUGAAAGUGUUUUUCUGACGGCGUGGUCGGAUGGUGCCGUAUCGCUCAUGGGUGUUCACUUGGAAACCUUGGCGCAUACCUCUAUUUUUUGCACCCCGGCGGAGCGAAUGGCGGGGCGUGUAUCUAUGGUCACCGCCGUUCCUCCGAUCCCUCAGAAAAAGGGGAGCGGCAGAGCCUUCACAUAUUACCAGUCCGGUCUUGUGGCAAUGGUAUUGGAUGGAAAUAUAGUCACGGUGUUCACGGUUCAUGAUUCACAGCAGCAUUACGGGACCGCAAGCGAGGAUGGACCACCACUGAAAUUCGCCAAGCUUGAGACAACGAAGGGGCAUACAGAGCCUGUGAGAGAGUUCACACUGCGUCCUGGGCAUCACACGUACUGCAGCGAGGAUAUUCCUGUUUCCGACAUUGCACUUUUUGAUAAUUUUCUUCCUUACACUUUGGCGGUACUUCUGCGGAGUGGUGCUUUAAUUGCACUUGACACAGUCACAAUGGAAAUUCUUUACCAUCGUCCACUCCAGCGUAUUUUUCCCUCGAAAGGAGGGAAAGCCGCUUCGUCAAUCAACGAGAAACGCGAGGCCGCGAUUGUGGGAGACGGCGGGAAUUCCAGCGGCAAUGGCGGUUGUGUUAGUGAAGGUAUGAGUUACUUUAUGCGACCGAAGGAGAGACCGAUGACAAUGUGUGUUGUGGAGCAUAACACGGUUCUGUUGCUGCGUCCUUCUUGA